CGUUCCUGACAGUAUGGCAGCUCCCGUGAACAGUGUGGGUAAACCCUCAGUUGAACGUCCACCGUUCAAUAGCACGAGUUUUCAGAAGAAAACAAGGAGCAAGUUAAUAUCCAUACCUGGUACCAGACCUUCGGUUCAAAAUGGACAGCUCCUAGUCUCCACCGGUGUCACGUCACUCGACUAUCUGCUCGGUGGUGGGUUAGCAGUUGGAACAGUGCUUCUCAUAGAGGAGGACCGAUUUGAUAGCUACUCUCGCAUGAUCCUCAAGUACUUCCUGGCAGAAGGAGUGGUGUGUCGGCAUGAACUUUUUGUCGCGGCAGCUCAAGAUAACCCUGAUGACAUCUUACAGGAACUCCCAGCUCCCAUCUUGGAUGAUGUGGCCAUUCACAAGCCUGUGGAACAGCCCAGACUGUCUUGUGAACCUCAGGAUAAUUUGGAUGCUAUGAAGAUUGCCUGGCGGUAUCAGAAUCUUCCUAAAGUACAGAGUGCCCUGGCCUCUUCUUCCCGAUUUGGCCAUUACUAUGACGUUUCCAAGACAAUGGAGCCAGAAAUUCGCCAGGCAGCCAAGUGCCACCGCUUCUACCUUCCAGAACAUCCCACCCAGUCAUCAACCACACACAGUCACAUGAUUGAGCCUUACUCUGCGGUGCUGAAGUCACUUCAAGAGGUCAUACAAAGAGAAGGCUUUGAUUUGUCUACCCCCAUGUCAGUAUCACGAAACAUCCUGCGUGUUGGGCUUCACUCUCUUGGUUCGGCUCUAUGGGGUGAUGACCUGAGUUGCCAUGACAACCCAAGGCAUGGCCACGCCCUGACUACCUUUCUUUAUGGACUGCGUGCCUUACUGAGGUCAUCACUGUCAGUUGCAGUAGUUACUGUUCCUUCUCAUCUUAUCCAGGACAGGGCUCUAAUGGGCAGCAUAACCAGGCUAUGUGACAAUGCCAUAGCCUUGGAAUCAUUCAAAGGCUCUGAGAGAGAGACCAACCCUCUCUACAAAGACUACCAUGGCCUUCUGCAUGUACGCCAGGUACCUCACCUGAACUGUCUGGCGAGCCAACUCCCCGACCACAAGGACCUGGCCUUUAAGCUCAAGAGAAAGCAGUUCAGUAUUGAGAGACUGCAUUUGCCUCCAGACUUGUCUGAGACAGUGAGUCGUGUGAGCAGGGGGGAGCUGGCAGGAGCGGCCGCGGUGGCGUCAGCCUGUAGCUCUGGCACUUCCGGCAACAAACACCUGGACUUCUAGAGCUCCCACACAGUCGCCAUAGGCAACCAACACCUGGAAUGCCGCGGUGUUGUCCUCUUUACUGCGGUGACCAGGUUGUUCCCUUGCCCACGUAAUGUCAACAGCGAUAACCCUGCCAGCCAUUACCACCUGCCAACUGACCCAGCCAGGGGUGAAGAUCUAAACAUCCACAGUACCCCGUCUCAUAACCGACAGAUUUCAUCCUAUAUUUCACAGCACUUUUUAUAUACACUUAAUGUACACUUCAUAACUCUGCCAGCUGAUAUUCAUACAUUCAACACUGUCAUGACAAACACAUUUCACUCGUGUUGCUAGCAAAUCUUUUAUCCCCACGGUUUGCUGUUUUCCCUGUGAGCUGCAGAAACAUAGGCGCACUGUGUUGUUUUGAAAUGUUACGUAAAGCGAAAUGGCUGGUAGGGUGAUGAUUACUUAACCUAAAUAAAAUCCAAGCUGGAUAGUUAUUUAAGGUUUGGUACAUUUUGUUAGUUAUUUGUUGUUUUUUCUGCCUUCAGGGAAUUUGUUUACAAGCAAAGUGUAACCAUGAUUUUUUUUUUUUUUUACUUUUAAAGACUGACAGUCGUAGCAAACAAUAAAUAAUUUAACUAAACCCCAGGCCACUCUUGACUCACUCCACAGUUUAGAAAAGUCUAUAAAUAUAAUUUAUUU